GACAGUGCUACUCGCCGUCCUACAGCACUUAUGCGUCGCCGACUACAGCGCACUUGGGUUCUUAUUAGAGUCAUGCUCUGCCCGCUCCUCUCCUUCGCUGCCCUUCGGUCUGUUCUGACGUUUCCUAACAAAAUGUUUUAGUAAAUAUCGCUCCUUCGAUUCUUUCAACUUUCCUUUAUCCUUCUUUCAACUCUUAAUUACUUACCUAAUAUUUGUGUCCGCUUUCUACCAUCACUUCUCGCUCAUCGCUAGUGACAGACAGCCCCCAACCACCACCAGCCAUCACCACUUACACGACAGAGACAUCACAGGUCACUCGUUCUCUCAACCCAAGCGCCAUCCACCGACUGGAAUUUUUUCUUAGACUUCUUCAGCGGGUCCCCCGCCUAGAGCUGUUCACCCUUUACACCUGCUACACUGGCGUACUGUAGCGCCUCCCUUAGGCCCAGCCUCAGCCCACUUCUGCAUACCGAUCAAAGGCCAAACACUCAACAACCCGAGACACUCUCUGGUGCCGCUCAUUGCCCUUGGCCAAAAUUCCUCGACACUCCAAAUCCUUUUCCUCCUGGACCGAAUUGUCACUUUUCCCUCCUUAAUCUAUUUUCGCACACCAAAAUCUCUCCAUUUCGACACCAUCACAUCGUGUAUCAUACCGAGACGCCUUCAACUUCUUGAUAUCAGCUGGGACCAGAGGCACCAAACCUUGACCCACCCAUCGACACAAGCACUUAUACAAACACCGGCAGGCCGGUAGAUACGCAUCUGACCCGGACGCCGGUCCUGCGCGACAAUACAGACACGACUCUGUCAUGAUUAGCUGGACGCAGCACUAAUUCUAAGCGUCUCGCCUAAGCCAUAUCGACUUAUAGGAAAAUGCAUCGAUAUGUCGCUCCAUCCUUGGGCGCCUAUACUAUCCUCUUCACCUUCAUCACCUUCAUAUAUCUCAUCGUUCUCUCCAGCCAUGCUCGCCAAGCAACACACGUUCAGACCGGAGCAAUGGCCGCGGCCACAAUGCACACAACAACCUUUGCACUCUUGCUCUGGUCUGCAUCGUUAAGCCUUUCGUCAAAGAUGCACGAGUUGUUCGCAGCUUACGGCAUUGUUAUUUAUCUGUUUGGCAUGGCGUCUAGCAUCGCCGCUGCUGGUCUCUCCAUCACCACAGUGGUUUGGCUAAACGUCGCAGAGGCCGAGAACGAGGUGAUAUACCUUGAACGACAAAAAUAUGUGCGCGGACUCGCUGCUUUCUCCAGCCUAGCCUGGGUUGGACAGCUUGCUUUUCUUACAUUACAAUAUCUGGCCAACCGCGCCGUUCAAAAUGGCUCUAGUAGUCUAUUUAACAGAAAGAGGGCAGUAUGGUCGCCUAACCAUUACAUUAAAUCUGUUCCAUAUAGCAGAACGGUACCCAGGAAGAGUGAGUCCAUCGAAGGCUCUUUCUGCGGCUCGCCUACAUCUCCCACCGGAUCGACCUCUGGAUUUAUUAGCUCAAAGUCCAAGUCUUUCAAAUCAUCAGUUGGCCAGGCUUUCCAGCCUAUUUCCAACAGAGUUAAAGAGCUAUUCACCAGAAGCAAAGAAUCUCGCCCUCUAUCCCUGUACUCCCACCUUUACAAGAACAGCAUGAACACCACUCUCCCCGUCAGCCAGAGGACGCCAGUUAGCGCUUAUACGAGACGACCCGCCCGACAGUUUGGCCACGAAGCCAUGAUGCCCAAGGCCAAGACUUUUCAAACAAUUUACCCUAGCCGACCCGAUGCCGAGACGCCAUCUCCCAGCGCCAUGUCUCCUUCCCCGACAUUCCCUCGCAGAACGAAGAGCUUCAGUCCAUCACCAGCCCCUCGACGAAGCUUCCUCGGCGUCCCUCAAGUUGCCGGUGACGUCCAUAUUCACCCUCUCUUCCGCAUGGACUCUCCUUCUAUGGCCCCCAUUGUCAAUCCGGUAGAGGGAACGCUUGCUGGCCGCUCCAUGGCCAACCGCCGAAGCCUCUUCGCUUUCCACAACAGAAGCGGAAGCGUACCGGCCUCUCCAGUAUCUCGUGUCGAGUAUGAUCUGGUACCGGCACCAUUGGAACUCCCAGCUUCCCCAGUGGCUCGCCUGACACCUCUUGUCACGCGUCUUUCUGUCGAAGUCAACAUCCCUCCUCCCAUCCCCGAGCGGCGCCAGAGACUGAGACAGCAUCAGCGUCGAUCAUCAGUCCCUCCCCCAGUCCCUCCCAAGGACUACUAGGUGGAUACUAUUCUGAUGCCUUACUUUGCGCCUACGCUGGACGUACAAUGCUCUUCCUCUCAUACCCUUCUGUGAAGGGCUCUUCACCAUUACACACCCACCAAUCCUUAAGUAUUGGUCACAGCGAAGGCGUUCAUUACCUUUUUCUAUUUCAAACACACCAACAUGAGUAUAUGUUUUCUGUUUGGAGCUUACAUGUAUUUACGACGGGAUUAUGUUUAAUACUAGUUACACGACCGACUUGGACAGGCAGGCGGGAUAGCACAUAUCUGCCAAGGUGUUUUAGCACUCUUCUGUUCUGUAUGUAUGGCAUUGCAAAAUGGAGUUUAACAUAUCGAUUAAGAGUUGUCAAAUCUUUGUUGAACCUAAUUCUACCGAGUGAUCUUGUGAUUGGCCACAGUCGCGG